AGUAGGCUGCACCUAUAAACCGUAGAAUACACAUAAAUGAUCGGUCUUUACAAGAAGUGUGACACUGACCCUUGAGAUAGAACUACGUCAUUGACAAUUCCCCAUGUGAAAAGGAGCAGUAAAGCAAGUGUGCCGUGACAUGCUAAGGAUCCAAAAGUGUCACCAAGACAAAGAAAUACCGUAAAUGCCAUAACAAAGCCUAAAGUAUUUAUUAGCAGCCUGUCUUCCAGGUGCUGGUAUGAAACUUUUUCUUCGGCAAGUAGCUGUUUCAACAAGCCCAGGCUGAGUUACAUCACUUCCUAAGCACACACUUGAAUAUAUCUCCUAAGCUCUGAUGAGAAAAAGUUCACAGAUAAAUUGAAAGGAAACAGGAAAUGUUAAAGUCCUUUGAGAAAGAGUGAAGAAAAAUAGAAAAAAGCAGAGAAGAUCAGAGGCCAGAUGGCUGAGACUACUGAAGAAGAGCCCAUAACAACCAGCCAGACAACCCCCAUAUUAACUACUCAAGAAGACCAGACUUUAUCCUUUGUCACAUUUAACGCCUUCAAUGGAACAGAUGAUGAAAUCACAGAAUCACCUGAUGUUUUUGGUUCAGAUUUAAUCUCUAUCCUGAUAUAUGCCACUCCUGCCAUCAUUCUGAUUUUGCUGAUACCCAUCAUUAUUUUAAUUGUACGGCGCAAAAGACGAAAAAAACAGCAAGAAGAUGUGCCAAUUGAUGAAGAUGUAAAAAGUCCUAUCUUUGAAGAGGACACUCCAUCAGUAAUGGAAAUUGAGAUGGAUGAUCUUGACAAAUGGAUGAGCAAUAUGAAGAACAGCUGUCGCUUGUCUACCCUUGAAGAAGAGAACAAAGUUCACACAAGUACGGAGACCUGAUACCUAUUCAUGAAGCUUAUUCUUCAUCUCUCAGUGCUGAAAAUGGAUGUUAUAUCAAUAUAUCAAAAUUUUAAAGUUUUUCAAGGUUUUUUAUUAUUUUUUUAUACAUUUUUGAAAUAUUUUUUUUUACAAAUAAGGCCACAUGAAGCGCAACAAUGAUUAAGAUAAUAGACUGGUAACCUCAACCACAGCUGUAUGCAAGAAAUGAAGACUUCAGUUCUACAUGGAAAACUGACACCAGUCCAGCUAGAAGGUUCAUCAAGAUAUGUCUCUAGAAACAUUUCAUAUAUCAUGAGCUGUCAUAUAUCAUAAGUUUAUGAAAAAUGAAUAAGAGAGUUCAGAAAUCACUAUACACCAUAAUCUGCUAGGGAUUAUAUGGAUGUCAGGACAAAAUGAUAAAUAGUGUUUAAUAGCCAGGGCAUACCUUUACUUCCAGCUACAGAUCAUUAAUCCAUUCCUCUGGAUCACUGUGGGUGACAGGAGAUUGACUUCUGUUAGAAAUUGUCUACUCUUGCCACAGGCCACAUACUUUAAUGAUACAGUCUCUUGUCCUCUGUAUAUAAAUCCUGCAUACAGGUGCGUAACUAGAGUCCUAUGGGCCUUAGGGCAAAUUCUGGACCCGGGCCUCCUUCCUCACUGGCUUGCUGCUCAAUUGCUCUGGCCCAUUGGCAUUGCUAUGGCCUAUAAAUACACCUUAACUAUAAGAUAAUUUUGUAUGUAGGAUAAAAACUGUAUAUAUUUGUUUCCACAACAUUAUCAGGGUAUAUAGAUACUACAGACCUACUACAUUAUCGGCAUGACCAUGUAAAAGAAAACUAAAAGUAUGAAGAUAAAUAAAUAAGAAAAAGGAUGGACUGUUCAUAUAAUUAACCUGUCUGCAGUAUCUAUAUACCCUGAUAACAUUGUGGAAAAAGGUAUUUGGUUUCGGGGUCCAUAGAGCCUAACUGUCAGAGGUAUCUGUUUAUAUGGAUUUAAAGUAAAUGUGCGCAUAUGUUAACUAUGAUGGACUAAGGAUAAUACUGUAUAUAUCUAAAUAAUAGUUCUAUAGCUACCAAAUAAUAUCAUCAUUAUCACACAUUACCACCACAAAAUGAAUGAAUAAUACUACUUUAAUGAUACUGAAUAGAAACCACUGAACAAUAAUAACGCCAUAGAAUGACCAUAUAGUGGAAGAUAUCAAUUCUAUGCAGGAGCUCUUCAGACUGUAUAAGCGAUUACACCAAACGUAUAUUCUUUUACGCACAGGUGAUUUUUUUUUUCUUUUUUUAAAUAGUAGUUUUUGCCUUUUUUUCUUCUUUUGGUCCAGACUGUCACGAAGACUUCUUCCAGCCUUGACUAGCCUCUAUAGAGUUUUCCAUACAAACAUCUUAGUCUACGUUCACACUGCAGAAUAUCAGAGUGGAAUUCCGCUCGGAUAUUCCUGUGCAACAACUAUUGUGUAGUCCUAGUGCUGAUGGACUUUGACGGCAGCCAACACACUCAGAAUACUCUGUAGUGUAAUUAUACCCUAAGGCCUCGUUCACAUUGCUGUUCGCAUCUGACCUGUUAAGAGCCCGAUCGGCUCUUUCUUUUUUUGAGCUGAUCGGACCCUAAAAUGGGUCAUAUGCAAACAGCUACUAUCACUUGCAUGGGGGCCAUCGUUGAUCGGUAAUUUUACAGGAAUUUAGCAGGGAAAAAAAUAGUGCUUGCACUUUUUUUCUCCACUAAACUCCCAUUCUUCUGGACGGAUUGCCAACUGAAUUCUGAAUAGCGGAGUCUGACGGCAAUGUGAACAAAGUCUAAGGGUCUUCGGUUUUUUAGCACCCUCUAUACAAACUCCCUAUCUAGUAUGCUUUAAAUGCAAAUCAUGCCCUCCUUGGUGCUCCACACAGGGCUAGUAGCCUUCUUUUGUGCCCUACACAGUAAUAGUGCUGCUCGUAGUACUUCACAAAUUAAUAGUGCCAUCAAACAGUAAUAUGGCCUCUUUUGGCCCUAACACCCUUAAAAUUCUACCCUUUGGGCCCCCAACACAGAUUUUAUUCCCCCUUUGCAAAGUUAUAUACUUUAGUAACAAUUGUCCUUCUUUGUGCCUCAUGAGUUGUAGUUUCUUUUGUACUCCUAUUUAGUAUUUAGGUACUUCCCCCCCUUAUAUCACUGAUAUUACCGCCUUUGUGCUAAAAAAAAAAAUGAGACACAACUAAUUUCCAUGCCAGGCAGCUUGUCUUCUUCCUGCUGUAUGCUGUCCUGUACAAGUGGCAUCAAGCAUUGACAUAAUCAUGCUGCCUGUGUUGGGAUAGUGACUUCCUUGGCAGCUCUCAACUUCUUGUAGGAUGCAAGCCUAAAGCCCACUGUGGCUUACAGGAGUCACUAAGAGUAUGGAUACUAAUGGAAGUUUCGCUUGCCAGGGAUCUAACACGUGUCCUGGAUUUCCAGUGCUGGCAAUUCUACUAAAUCAACUGCCAUUGUUACACCCCUCCCUGCAUAAUUUUAUACGCCAUACAAUGUUGUUCUCUGUCCCAGACUACACAAAUUUUAACCUACCCAGGACUCUGUCUGUUCCUUUCCUAAUAUAUCUAACCAAAGUACAAAGAACACACUGUUUGGUAUUCAUGACCCUAGUGAAAGAUCUUCCAGUGCCAAUAGUACCUGUUUAAUUUUCCCAGUUCUCCAAUACCAAUGUACUAUAGCAGGUAUGGUACUGGGUUCUGUCAGACAUAUCCUGGUGCAGUGCUGACAGCUAUAUUUACAGUAAUAAUAUAAAUCAGAAAUAAUUAUAGUGCUAUAUUUGAACUGGAAUUUGUUUCUAUGAACUAGCUACAGUAUGUACAGUCAUGGCCGUAAAUGUUGGCACCCCUGAAAAUUUUCAAGAAAAUGAAGUAUUUCUCACAGAAAAGGAUUGCAGUAACACAUGUUUUGCUAUACACAUGUUUAUUCCCUUUGUGUGUAUUGGAACUAAACAAAAAAAGGGAGGAAAAAAGCAAAUUGGACAUAAUGUCACCCAAACUCCAAAAAUGGGCUGGACAAAAUUAUUGGCGGCCUUAACUUUGCACACACUUUGGCAAAAAUAACUGAAAUAAUUCGCUUCCUAUAACCAUCAAUAAGCUUCUUACAGCUCUCAGCUGGAAUGUUUGACCACUCUUCCUUUGCAAAAUGCUCCAGGUCUCUUAUUGGAAGGGCGCCUUUUCCCAACAGCAAUUUUAAGAUUUCUCCACAGGUGUUCAAUGGGAUUUAGAUCUGGACUCAUUGCUGCCACUUCAGAACUCUCCAGUGCUUUGUUGCCAUCCAUUUCUGUGUGCUUUUUUACGUAUGUUUGGGGUCAUUGUCCUGCUGAAAGACCCAAGAUCUCGGACGUAAACCCAGCUUUCUGACACUGGGCUGUACAGUGCGAACCAAAAUCCAUUGGUAAUCCUCAGAUUUCAUGAUGUCACAUUCAAGGCACCCAGUGCCAGAGGCAGCAAAACAACCCCAAAACAUCAUUGCACCUCCACCAUAUUUCACUGUAGGUACUGUGUUUUCUUUGUAGGCCUCAUUCCGUUUUCUGUAAACAGUAGAAUGAUGUGCUUUACCAAAAAGCUCUAUCUUGGUCUCAUCUGUCCACAAGACGU